ACCAGGAGGAGCAGCGUGCGGCUGUUCUGGCGGAGCGUGAGGCGUAUCUCCAAGUGGCUAAGGCGAAGCAGGGGGCGCUCCGAUCGCGGCUGAAGGAGCUGGAGCCCCGCCACGAGGACCCGCGAGCAGCCCCCCAACCCCCGUCGCCGUGUUAUCGUCCCCCCCCCCACGCAAUCCCAGGUGCCCCUUGGUUCCCAUCGUACCGCCUCGCCGCACGAGAAGGAGCGGAAGGUGGCGGCUUCUCCGGCGAACGAGCAGGAGCGGAAGAGGACAGCGACUCCGGAGUUUUCGGUGACUUUGGGUCUUCCGGCCGGUGCUGAAGACGGAGCAUCGUUUGCGGCGGCAACCACGGUGUACGAGUUCCACUUUGGAGAUACGACGUUCCUGUCCCGCCCGCUGGAGAUGCCUGCAGAAGGUGUCACUUUCCACGAUGAGGACAAAUUGGCAGCUCUUUUUGCAUGGGCUGGCACCAAACAACUUGUCCGUGCACAAUUCCCCCCACCGCACACCGUUGCUUUCGGGCACAUCUACCACACCCCGUACCUCGCGAAUCUUCCGCCUUCUUCGCAGCAGUCCGUGUUCCAGCUUUUGUUCGAUCUCCGUCGUGCCACCUUUCCUGAAGGUCCUCAAGGAACGUCGGUGGUGAUCCAGGAGGGAGGACUCCAGCUGCCUCUUUCUCGUGCUGCUUCGACCAACGACUUCAAGCACGAUCUACAAGCCCCCCGGCAGGCCUCUUCACGCCCUGCGCAUGGUUCUGGAGAGGACAAGGACUUGAGUAGGUCGGCGGCUCCGGUGUCCAAGAGCUGGAAGAACCGUUGGGGCGACCGGGAUUCGACGGCCAAGAGCGGGACGGACGACCACACCGCUCCACCCAGUCUUCGCGAAGGCGCGGCGUCGGAGAUAACAGGCGAGGGCGAGCCGUGGGGAACCAGCCUACCGGGUCUUCGCCGGCGAGCAGCCAUCACCGGAGCAGGAGUCGGAGCGCAGAAAGUCAACAGCGCACCAAUCCUUCGUCUAGGCGUGGCCGGAGCGGAGACCGGCGUGGGAGAAACACGCCUCCGUCUAGGCGUAGCCGCAGCCGGAGCCAGAACCAGAGCGGGGGCAAUAGCAGGGCGACCAGCACUGACAGCAGUCGCGGCGGAAAAGGGCGACGGAGGUCAGGCCACGGUAGAAAACCAUCUGCGCAAGGAACCGGCAGGGCCAUCGACGUACGCCUUAUUCAUCCAGAAGUUGGCGGCCGCCUGGGACACUCAAGACAAGAGCUCGGGGAUUGAUCGUCUUCGCAGUUUGGCGUAUCCAACGGGGAGACUUACGGAGAAUACAUUCGUCGCUAUUAGGCUCUGGCCAUGACCGUCAUGGUUUCCCACCACGCGUUNGACCGGCCACAUCGUCGAUCCACCGAGUCAAGCGGCAUCACCGGUGCCACAGGACGAUACUGGUUUGCCUUUGUCUUCCACGGGAGCGAGAGCGAGGCAGGAGGCUCUGCACGCUGCGGACGCCGCUGCAGCGGAGGCCGACACCAUCCGCAUUCAAGACAAGAUGGACAAGCUGAAGUCGGAAUAACUUGAUAAUAGUGUCACACGCUUGCCCCUCGGUCCUGAUCCUGAUGAAUUUGCUCGCUUCGCGUCUAGCUGCAAGGGUGUGGUCACAGAGAUCCUCAACAACAGUGACGUCAAGCGCAAGCAGACUUUCAAUUCCUCAACCUGGGUCACCGGAUGGCUUCCGUUGNUCCUCCACCUGGGUCAUCGGAUGGCUUCCGUUGUUGCGCAAACUUGUCCGUGCUGCUGUCGUUGAAGGCCAACCCACCAACCGUGCCACUCUGGAAUUUCUUGAUGCCACCUUCCUACAGGUAGAAAACCAUCUGCGCAAGGAACCGGCAGGGCCAUCGACGUACGCCUUAUUCAUCCAGAAGUUGGCGGCCGCCUGGGACACUCAAGACAAGAGCUCGGGGAUUGAUCGUCUUCGCAGUUUGGCGUAUCCAACGGGGAGACUUACGGAGAAUACAUUCGUCGCUAUUAGGCUCUGGCCAUGACCGUCAUGGUUUCCCACCACGCGUUCAAGCCUUCGGAUGCGCAAGUGCAGAUAGCUGUUCGAGACUCCAUGUUGAAGAAGUUUCCGGUGGUGUCUGGGCAGGUGUACAAGGAUGAGCAGCGUUCCAUGGAAGCCCUUUUUGGGUGACAUGCUUCGUAUCUAGAUGAUAUGUGGGGAUGUGUUGGACAAGCGUGCGUUCGCGCACACGCCGGCGGUGCAUGGAGAUGAUUUCUUUUCGGUAUCUUCCACGAAUGCUAGGAGUUCGUCUGCUGUUUCGCGUGCUGUAGCUUCUUCGGCGUUGCGUUCAACGGUGACCCCUUCGUGGAGCCAAGGUUCUUCGGCCUCCGUGAUGAGUGUUUACCCUCUACCUAAUGAU